AUGGAAACCGAAUUUGGAUUGACCGAGUAUGCCAGUGAGCAUACAAUCACUCCUGUGCCCUGCCUACUGAAAGAAAUGUACAGUGACUUCAUCGUUCAAGAAAUUUUAGCCGACCACACAGUUUUGGCCAUUCCAUCGCCAGAUGUUGUCCUAGAAAGUACUGGGUCCAAAAAAGAAGACAUUGAGAUCGAAGAGUGUGUUGCUAAGCCAGAUUGCAUCUCAGAAGAGACAUUAGCUGCAUUAAAUGACCGAUUCUCUACGAAAGGAGAUCCCGUUCUUGUAAAAGUUGACGAUUUGAGCAAGGAAGAUCGAAAAAGCAUUCAUCAUUUCAUUAGAGAGCGGUAUGCUGGAGUUUUAAUCACCGAAACGAAGGAAGAUGGAAUUCUGGUAUCUCAUGGUCAUACGAAGAGCAGUCGGAAGCGAAAACUAUGGGAUGAAAAAGUUCCAAAGGAAUGUCACUUCACCAUUUGCAAAGAAAAUAAAGAGACUAGCUUUGCUUGCCAACUUAUUGCAAAGUUUUUAAAUGUGGGCCCGAACAAUAUCAGAACUCACGGAAUUAAAGACAAGAGAGCUGUGACUUCACAGAGAGUUAGUGUUACUAAAGUGCAUGAGCGAACGAUUCUGGAUUUGAAUUCGAAACUCCGCGGUAUUCGAGUCUUUGGAUGUGAGUAUAAAGAUGACCCAGUUCAAAUGGGAGCUCACUGGGGAAAUCGAUUCAGCAUUGUACUAAGAAGCUUGCCUGACGAUUCGGAACAAUUGCUCCAUCAAAGACUGGAAACAUUCCAAAAUACGGGAUUCAUCAACUAUUUCGGUACUCAACGAUUUGGUUCACGAAGUUCUACGACAGCCGAAAUCGGAUUAGCUAUUGUGAAAAGAGACUGGGAGAAAGCAGUCAAAAUGAUCAUGACUAAUGCUAUGCCCGAUCAUCUGGGAUACGGGUCAGUUGGCUACGCCGCUAAGUGCUUUUCCCAAACUGGGGAUGCUAGAAAAGCAUUUUCCAAGCUGAAAGGAGCUCAGGCUUUUGCUACAGUCGAAGGAAAUAUUUUGAAGUGUCUCUCGAAAGGAGGAACAUGGCAAAAUUGUAUUACUGAAGCAAUUCCGAUUCAAAGCCGCAGUCUUUAUGUCCACGCUUAUCAAAGCCUCAUUUGGAAUAAAGUAGCUUCUCGUCGAGUUAAGGAAUAUGGUACUCGAGUACAUGAAAGUGACGUUGGAGCCAAUGGAUUCUCUCUUGGCGAGCAUGCAACUCAUUAUGAUAUCCAUAUACCACUACCGGGAGAAAACUUGCCAUUUGAGGGUAGUUAUGGCGCUAAGUGGAUCUCUGAAUUGCUUGAAGAAGAUGGACUCACUCAAUCGAGCUUCACAGCACUAAAAGAUCGGUUUUCACUUGGCGAAUCAUCAAGAUGCUUGUUUGUUGAAGCGAAGGAGCUCAAAUGGAAGUUUAUUCGAUAUGGAAAUGCACGAGAUCUCUUGCAAGAUGGAUUACAAACACGUGCUAUCCCAGAAGCAGAACAGAAAGGUCCACUUCUGGCAUUGCAAAUUCAGUUUAGCUUGAUAUCUGGAUCAUAUGCAACUGUAGCUCUUCGUGAGGUAACUGGAAGUGAUAUGGGCAAGAAGGCUAUGAGAGAUGCUUCGUUCAAAACACGUGGUGACGAUGAAAAAACUGAAGAAAAUGUGUUGGAAGAAAAAGGAUCCGAUGAUGCGAAUGAGCUGAAUCUUGUUUCAGAGGACCAAUGAUACAACAGUUUCAAUGUUUCAUUUUAUUUUUAUUGUUAACCUUUUUGUUAUUUGUUGUGAAUUUAUAAAAUUGCUUAUGUUC